AUGCGCGCCACAAUCGCUCUCACAUUCGUUUCACUACUGGCUGAUUCAGCCUCUGCUUUUGCUGUACCAUGGAGGGCACCAAAGAACCAGACUCGUCAUGACCCAUUCAUCACCAGACGGGCUGAGAACGGCACUCUCGAUGACUACGACUACGUCGUUGUUGGCUCUGGGCCUGGUGGAGGUCCCGUGGCCGCAAACCUCGCCAUCGCUGGCUACAAGGUGCUUCUGAUCGAUGCCGGUGGUGACUCCGGUGACAGCUGGACGGAGAAGGUCCCGGCUAUGCACCUCAUGUCAACUGAAUUCGAGGAUACACGAUGGAACUACUUCGUGAACCACUACCCCGAUCUCGAGCAGCAGAAGCGCGACUCGAAGAUGACCUACCAGAAGCCCGACGGCAGCUUCUACGUCGGUCUUGAGCCUCCGGCUGAUGCCGAGCCUCUGGGUGUUUGGUACCCCCGAACCGGUACUUUGGGCGGUUGCUCGCGCCACAAUGCUCUCAUCAGUAUCGCGGCACACGAUUCCGACUGGAGCAACAUUGCAACGCUCACCGGUGACGACUCAUGGAACCCCAACAACAUGCGCGAGUACUUCAAGAAGUUGGAGAAUGCCAAGUACCUGCCCAACAGCAUCGUCGGACAUGGCUUCUCCGGCUGGCUCGGCCUUUCUCUUACCUCGCUGUCUCUGGUUGUGGAGGACCAGAAGCUCCUGUCUCUGAUCAUUGCCGCUGGUACCGCCAUGGGUAAGGGCCUUAUCGGUGCCCUCUUGAACACCGUCGCUGGCCUCGGCCAAGUUCUGCUUCGCGACAUCAACGCACCCGGUCAGGCCAGCAAGACUGGUCUCUACCAAGUCCCGCUGGCGAUGACUGACUCUGUUCGUGGCGGACCCAGAGACUUGAUCUUGAACACCGCCAACGCUGUCAACUCGGAUGGCUCCCGCAAGUACCACUUGGAUAUUAAGCUGAACACCUUGGUUACCAAGAUCAACUUCGACCAGAGCGGCGAUAAGCCCCGUGCUACCGGCGUCGACUUCAUGGAGGGUAACAGCCUGUACCGUGCCGAUCCCCGUUCCGGAUCAGCCACCUCCACCGGAACCGGUAGCGCCAGCGCCAAGAGGGAGGUCAUCAUAUCCGCCGGUGCUUUCAACACGCCUCAACUGCUGAAGCUCUCCGGAGUUGGCCCCAAGGAGGAGCUCGAGUCUUUCAAGAUCCCUGUCCUGGUUGACCUUCCCGGCGUUGGAACCAACAUGCAAGAUCGCUACGAAGCUACCGUCAUCGGCAAGACUGACAGCGACUUCGUCAUCACGUCCAAGUGCACUUUCGGUGAGACCUCGCCCGACCCUUGCCUCGAGCAGUACCAGAAGGGUCUGGAGCCCAUCAGCAAGGGCGUCUACGCCACCAACGGCAUCGCCAUCGCCAUCAUUCUGAAGUCGUCUGUCGCCGAGGACGAGCCCGAUCUGCUCAUCUCCGGUGCCCCCGCCAAGUUCAAGGGAUACUUCCCCGGCUACGCUUCAGACUCCCUCUCCGACGCUCAGCACUGGGCCUGGAUCGUUCUCAAGUCCCACAGCCGCAACAACGCCGGCACCGUCACCCUCAAGUCGACCGACCCCCGCGAUAUGCCCCUCAUCAACUUCAACUACUACGAGUCCGGCGUCAACACCAACGGAGAGGCGGACAAGGAUCUCCAAGCCACCUACGAGGGCUUCGAGUUCGGCCGCAAGGCGUUCGACUCUCUUGUGCCCCUCGACGGAAGCUUCCCUGAGGUUUGGCCUGGUGAGAAUGUCACGAGUGAAGCUGCCACCAAGCAGUGGCUCAAGGACGAGACUUGGGGACACCAUGCUUCGUGCACUUGCCCCAUCGGUACGGACGACGACCCGAUGGCUGUUCUGGACUCCGAGUUCAAGGUCCGUGGAACGGAGGGUCUGAGAGUUGUUGAUGCCAGUGUUUUCCCCAAGAUCCCUGGUUUCUACAUCGCCCUGCCCCUUUACAUCGUCUCUGAGAAGGCCAGCGAUGUCAUCAUCCAGGCUGCUAAGGCUUCGGCUUAG